AUGGACCAACACAUGGGACCUAACUUCACAAUCCCUUCUGCAUCACUCUCCUUAUUCGACACACUUAGUGUCCUCUUCUGGACACCCGUCUAUGACCAGCUAAUUGUUCCNCUNGCCAGNAAACACACGGGCCACGACCGCGGAUUCANGCAGCUUCAACGGAUGGGAAUCGGACUCGUAAUCUCUAUUUUUUCUAUGGUCUCAGCUGGAAUCCUAGAGGUGGUAAGGUUAAGCUACGUCCGAAAACACAAUCUCUACGAACAGGAAAUCAUUCCGAUGACGAUUUUCUGGCAAGUUCCACAGUACUUUUUAGUCGGUUGCGCCGAGGUUUUCACUUUCAUAGGCCAGCUUGAGUUCUUCUACGAUCAAGCUCCUGAUGCUAUGAGGAGUCUUUGCUCGGCUUUGUUGCUCGCGGCUGUCGCUUUCGGGAACUAUCUAAGCACAUUGCUUGUGACUGUGGUUACUAAAGUCACGACCUCCGGUGGAAGACCAGGCUGGAUCGCGAAGAAUCUGAACAGAGGUCAUCUUGAUUACUUCUACUGGUUAUUGGCUGUUUUGAGUUUCUUGAAUUUCUUGGUCUACCUUCGGAUCGCCAAAUGCUACACUUACAAGAAAGCAACGGGUCAUGCACUAUGA